UUACAGGCGACAUUGGAAAUUAUUACUACGGACAAAGACAUCCUAUGAAACCACAUCGCAUACGUAUGACUCACAAUUUGCUUCUUAAUUAUGGACUCUAUAGGAAAAUGGAAAUUUAUAGACCCCAUAAAGCUACAGCAGAAGAGAUGACCCAAUUUCAUUCAGAUGAUUAUAUUAGAUUUUUGAGAUCAAUUCGUCCAGACAAUACGUCAGAACACAACGAACAAAUGAAGAAAUUUAAUAUUGGGAGAUUCAAUGUUGGAGAAGACUGUCCUGCAUUUGAUGGCUUGUAUGAAUUUUGUCAAAUAUCGGCUGGGGGAUCAGUGGCAGCUGCAAUAAAACUAAAUAUACAAGCGUCAGAAAUAUGCAUUAAUUGGGGAGGCGGGCUUCACCACGCCAAAAAAUCACAAGCUUCAGGGUUCUGUUAUGUCAAUGAUAUUGUACUAGGUAUAUUAGAACUUUUAAAGUAUCAUCAACGUGUAUUGUAUAUUGAUAUUGAUAUCCAUCAUGGAGAUGGUGUUGAAGAAGCUUUUUAUACUACUGAUAGAGUCAUGACUGUUUCUUUCCACAAAUAUGGAGAAUAUUUCCCAGGUACAGGUGAUUUAAAAGACAUUGGUGAAGGAAAAGGUAAACACUAUGCAGUGAAUAUCCCUCUGGGAGAUGGAAUGGACGAUGAAGCAUAUGAAAGUAUAUUUGUACCAAUUAUAAGUAAAGUUAUGGAAACUUUUCAACCUAGUGCAGUAGUUUUACAAUGUGGGGCAGACUCUUUGACAGGAGAUCGUCUAGGUUCUUUUAAUCUGACAGUGAAAGGCCAUGGCAAAUGUGUUGAAUUUGUAAAAAAAUAUAACAUUCCAUUAAUGAUGGUAGGAGGGGGUGGUUACACCAUCAGAAAUGUUUCUAGAGCUUGGAGUUAUGAAACAUCAGUGGCUCUGGGUGUGGAAAUUGCAAACGAAAUACCAUAUAAUGACUAUUUCGAAUACUUCGGACCGGACUUUAAACUUCAUAUAAGUCCAAGCAAUAUGGCCAAUCAAAACACUCCCGAAUAUUUAGAGAAAAUUAAAACAAGACUUCUUGAAAAUUUGAGAACAUUACCUCAUGCUCCUGGAGUACAAGUGCAGACCAUUCCAGAAGAUGCAAUCACCGAAGAAUCUGAUGAUGAGGAUGAAGUUGAUAAAGAUGAACGAUUGCCACAGAAAGACUUGGAUAAAAGAAUUGUUCCUGACAACGAGUUUUCUGACAGUGAAGAUGAGGGAGAAGGAGAUAGACGAGACAAUAGAAGUUACAAACUUAGAAAACGUCCACGGUUAGACAAAGGAGGCGAAAACAAAGAAGAGGAUAAGAUUAAAGAUGAAAUAAACGCAGGAAAAGGUGAAGAAGGAAUUAUGAAGUCCAGUCCCGAUGAUACAAAACAGCUGUUGGGACCAACUCCAUGA